UAUUUGCUCACACUCGUCUCGUCAUCCCUCUACGCAGCCAAGUAGAAGAUGUCGGGAGACGGGUUUGGAGCUGGACCCUGCGAUGCCCAGCAGACCCUGCAGUCCUUUUGGCCCCGGGUGAUGGAGGAGAUCAGGAACCUGACCAUAAAGGAUUUCCGCGUGCAGGAGCUGCCCUUGGCUCGAAUCAAGAAAAUCAUGAAGCUGGAUGAAGACGUCAAGAUGAUCAGCGCCGAGGCUCCGGUCCUGUUUGCCAAAGCCGCUCAGAUCUUCAUCACGGAGCUCACCCUGAGAGCGUGGAUCCACACCGAGGACAACAAGAGGCGGACGCUACAGAGGAACGACAUCGCAAUGGCGAUAACAAAGUUCGACCAGUUCGACUUCCUGAUUGACAUCGUGCCGCGGGACGACCUGAAGCCCCCUAAACGGCAGGAGGAGAUGCGUCAGUCGGUAGCUCCCGCAGAGCCGGUGCAGUACUACUUCACCUUGGCCCAGCAGCCUGGAGCUGUGCAGGUGCAAGGCACGCAGCAGGGUCAGCAGGCGGGAGCGCAGACGGCUACGACCAUCCAGCCCGGACAGAUCAUCAUCACGCAGCCGCAGCAAGGACAGAUGUUGCAAGGUGCCACCAUGCAGCAGUUACAGCAGGUGCAGGUGCAAUCACAAGGCACACCCAUCACGAGCGCGCCCGUCGCCAUGCAGGUGGGCGAGGGCCAGCAGGUGCAGAUCGUUCAAGCCGCCGCAGCCCAGGGUCAGGCUCAGACCGCUCAGGCACAAGGCCAGACCAUGCAGGUCAUGCAGCAGAUCAUCACCAACACAGGAGAGAUUCAGCAAAUCCCGGUGCAGCUAAACACCGGCCAGCUACAGUACAUCCGGCUAGCCCAGCCAGUCUCUGGAGCGCAGGUGGUCCAGGGACAGAUUCAGACUCUGGCAAACACGCAGCAGAUCACACAGACCGAGGUGCAGCAAGGACAGCAGCAAUUCAACCAGUUUACCGACGGACAGCAGCUGUAUCAGAUUCAGCAGGUGACGAUGCCAGCGGGACAGGAACUGACCCAGCCCAUGUUCAUCCAGUCCGCCAACCAGACGACCGAUGCGCAGGUCACGCAGGUCAGCACCGACUGAGCCCGACCCGGAACCGUUCACAGCAACGCGCUCGCCGGCCCGGCUGACGCCGACAGACAUCGACUCCACCGAGGGAUUCUCCGACAUCUUGAUUUGAAAGCACCGCAGAUUUGAAACGAGGGACCUGAGAAGUUGCAACGAAACUCGUGUUUUCUAAUAAAUUUAUACCACUGGAUUGAAAACCAAAGGGACGCUGUUAGACUCCAAUCAAAAAUGACAUUUUAUUCCAACCUCUCUCUCACGUUUCCUUUUUGUACUCUUGUCUCUGACAUCACAUAAAAAAAAAAACAACAACAUACGUGUAAAUAUAAAGACUGAGGGCGUCUGCCUGGUUUCUGUUUCUUCUUGGCUGCAAGAAUUGAUUGAUUUAUAAAUUUGGUCACCUGCAUCGGUCCACGAUGGUCCUCCUGAGGCUAAUGUGCACCAUGAAUCUGCCAGGUGUGACUUAGGAGGGACAGGUAGUGUAAACAAAAAUGCAUGCAUGUCGACCAGAUCCCAGACUGUUUGUCCCCAUGGAAACCACACAGCAGCCUAAUUUUUCAUUCUUUCUACCGUAACGGAUCCCAACUUUAAAGGAACAGGAAAGCUUUUCUGAUUCCCCCCCUCUUCAUGUUGAAGUGAAGUGGGAAAAAUCUCUGUGUUUGUGACAUUUUUUGGUUAGCUGUAGCCUCGUUUUCCCUCCGUGUUUGGUUGCAUUACUUGAAGCCAUAUUUCUCAGAUAAGGUUUAAUGAUUUCAUUUCUCUGUUGUGUUAUCUCUCACAUUGUUGAAGCACGGCUUUCCUUUUGUAAGGGCUUCACACCGUAUAGACUAGCAGUGUAUUUAUGCCCAGGUGAGUGUAUUUGAUUGUGUUUUGGGCGUCCGCACGCGACGUUACGCUUCCACACCGUUCCUCCUCUGGUCUGUAGAGCAGAGAACCGUCACUCCGCCUUCUUUAUCCACUUUCUCACAGCCCGCUCCUCUCGGGAGGUUUUCCCUGGUUAAUGUCUCGCGAGUCGGGAGCAAAUAAAACUUUGAUUUUGGCCCUCGUAACUCUCCCGUUAUCUUUUUGUACAGUAUAAUUAUCAAUGUUCUUGUUGUUUUGCAUGUAGUCUAAAUUGCCAGCAUGAAAUGCAAUAGCUAGGUACAAUUUUAUUUUUCAUUUUUGUAAAACAAUUCUGUGAAAAAAAAACAAACAAUUAAAAGGCGUAACUUGUGUAAAA